AUGGCUCUUAAGCGUAUCAACAAGGAGUUGACUGAUCUCGGCCGAGACCCUCCUUCAUCCUGCUCCGCCGGCCCUGUUGGCGAGGAUUUGUUUCACUGGCAAGCUACGAUCAUGGGUCCUUCUGACUCCCCCUACUCUGGCGGUGUCUUCUUCCUUGCGAUCCACUUCCCUACCGACUACCCCUUCAAGCCUCCCAAGGUCAACUUCACCACACGCAUCUACCACCCCAACAUCAACUCUAACGGAAGUAUCUGCUUGGACAUUCUCCGUGACCAGUGGAGCCCUGCUCUGACCAUCUCUAAAGUUCUUCUGUCCAUCUGCUCAAUGCUAACGGAUCCCAACCCUGACGAUCCUUUGGUGCCCGAGAUUGCCCAUGUCUACAAGACUGACCGACCCCGAUACGAGGCCACAGCCCGAGAGUGGACUCGAAAGUACGCCAUUUAA